AUGUCUUCACCCCAAAUCAUUUUCGGUUCCCACCAGGUCGGCGAGGCUUCCAACGAGGAACUCCAGCGAUAUGUCGACAUCCUCAAGAAGAACAACAUCAAGACCAUCGACACCGCCAAAACCUACGGGGACAGCGAGAAGCGUCUGGGAGACAUCGAAGCCUCCAAGUCAUUUGUGAUCGACACCAAAUCACCUUCCAUCAUUCCAAAAGCGCUAUCCCGAGACAACCUCGCCGCCGGCAUCGAUGAAUCUCUCGCUCUCCUCAAAACGAAAAAAGUAGACGUCUACUAUCUACACACACCGGAUGACCAGACACCGAUCGAAGAAACAGUAGACACGAUUCAAGAACUAUACCGUCAAGGCAAAUUCGAGCGUUUCGGCCUAUCCAACUACCUCCCCUCCGACGUCCGCAAAAUCCACGCCUACGCCAAAUCUACAGGCGGCAUCGUUCCCACCGUCUACCAAGGCAACUACAACGCAUUCGCUCGUUCAAUCGAGCAAGAUCUCUUCCCCGUCCUCCGCGAGCUCGGAUUUUCCUUCCACGCAUACUCUCCCAUCGCCGGUGGGCUCUUUGCCAAAGACCCCGAAAAACUCGCGACGUCCACCGAAGCCGGGCGCUUCGAUGUCUCGAACAUGAGUGGACAUUGGCAGGCUAUCGCGAAAGAUAUCGGGGACACGAGCAUCGGGCUGGCGUAUCGUUGGAUUCUCUUCCACUCUAAGCUGGAUGCGCAGAAGGGCGAUGCUGUGAUUGUUGGCGCGAGUCGACCAGCUCAACUUGAGCAGACGCUGGAGCUUUUGAACGGGAGUAAACCAUUGGAGCAGGGAGUGGUGGAGAAAAUUGACGUGUUGUGGAAAUUAGUUGCGGCGGAUGCGCCGGUCGAUAAUUAUAAUUCGUGGGCGAAGGAGAAUCUUACCCCGGAAGCUCUCGCUGCAGUGUUUAAUAAGUAG